AAACUAAUCUUGUAGUUAUUUUAAAGGUAGAUAUACAGUUUUUAAAUUAAUGAGAUUGAUGUGAUUUGAAGUUGUUUAUCCUAACUUACCCACCAAAUACUGUGUCCUGACUGAAUUAUGGCACUCACAGUCUGAGAAGGUUCAGUUACUUAGGUUUUUAUUUCCAUGAGAAAACACAUUCAAAUUUCUAUCUCAAGAUUCUGGAACACAUCUCCCAUUGUGAGGUAUACAUAGAUGUGGUAGUGGAAACAGCCUCUCACUCACACUCCACACCCUCAUCUACCAUCAGGGAGGGUAGGACAGAAAGACUCCCUUGGCAUCAAGUACAAAAGCAAUGGGGUAAGGGGGAUCCCAGAAACAAGCAUCACCAUCAGUGAACAUUAAAGGAAGAUCCUGGGGUCACUCACAGCUAAAGGGAUGAAAAGAACCAUUCAGCAGCUACAGCGUGGUGGAACACAUAUUAAAGAAGACCUCUUGCCAGCCUGGACCAAGGAGAGGCCACAAUAAGUACAACCAUUAUCUUGGCCAAUGUUGAACAAGUAGGAGGAGAGUAUUGAAGUCCUGAUAUUAUGAGAUGUUAUCACCGAAACAUAAGUAUUACGUUCUAGAAGCAUUAAAGAUUGUGUAGUAUAAAUAGUUCUUUUCUGACUUUAAUCUAAGAGGGAUUUCAUCAUUUACCAUGUAGUUGACUAUAAUUGUGAGAAUACCAGAAUUUAGUGAACAUACAUGAAAAUGCAUAGAAAAGUUCUUUUCUAAAUACACCUAUGAUGUAGAGUAGAUGGUACUGAUCUAACAGCUUCAUUUAAAUGCUGAAGAGAAUUUUGAAAGUUGAGUCAGGAAGCUGGUGAACUAUAAGACAGGCAUGUCAGGCAGAGACAGGGGACUGUGUUAAGUGACUACCUGUUAACCUAGACCUCAGGUAGGUGACUAUGUUAGGUGACUAUCACCUAUUAGCUUAGAACUUCAGGCAGAGGCAAGAGACUGUGUUCGGCAGUUGUUACCUGUUGUUCAAGAACUCAGACAGCAGAGGCAGGCAACUGUGUAGGUGACUUUCACCUGUUAAAAUGAAUGCGGAUGAAGCAAAGCUUGAAUAAUUGAAGGAAAAUGAAACCACUUACCCUGUUUGGGGUAAUAAUUACCCUGAUUAUUGUAGAUAAGUGAGUUUUAAGAUCAAAUUGACAUUUUAGAAAGACUAACAAAGUAGCCAAAAACAUGAUAUUGAAUCACCACCCAAACAAUGGAUGCAUGUGACCUCUCUCUCUCUCUGACACACACACACACACACACACACACACACACACACACACUAUACUGCCUGAAUUCAUUCUCAAGUUCCCCAUGUAUAUAUGUGCAUAUAUAUUCUGAAAUCACAGAUAGAAUGACAAUGCUGGUUUACUAAAAUAUCCUAGCAAUUGCAGAGUCAACUGCUCUUAGGGAGAAUAAACAGGACAGGGAAGAGAAUGCUGACUAUGACGGAUGCCUAAGUUGGGCAAGAUGUGAGCAGGGAAUGGCCAUGCUAUAGGCAUGGAAGUUGGCAAAGCCAAGAUACUUUUUGAUUCAUUAUGGAUGAAAUAAGGAGGGCACUGGUAGCUUAUGUGAAAUGAUUGUGGUAGUGGACAAUCAAGGUGGAUGGUUAAAUGAUGAUGAGGAACCUCUGAGCUCAGACAUUUCUACUCAAGCUGCAAGCCCACGACUUCUUGACUUGGCAUCGGCCUUCUACCAUGUUGGUUCUUAAAACAUUUUUUUUUAUUUUUCCUCAUUUCUUUUUAAGUCAUGGUUUACUUAAACAAAUGUAAUAUUUUUAGUAAUUGAAGGUUUUCCAGAUAUCUUUAUUAAUUUAUAAUUUAUUUCCACUGUGUCAAAUAAUAUCCUUUUUUAUGAGUUAUGGAGACUUGUUUUAUGGCUAGACGGUGGUUUGUUUUGGCAAGAACUCUGCUUUAGAAAAGAGUGUUUAGUCUGGUGCUGCUUGAGGUGUUUCAAAAUAUCUUUUCACACAUUUGUGUUCAAGUUGCUAAAUGCUUCCCACUAUUAAUUUUUACCAUAUCAUUUGUUUAUUAAAUUUUCUCUUUAAUUUUUAACACUUUCUUCAUUAUGAUGCCAAUUUGCUCAUAUUUUUUCUGAAAAUGAUAUUACUGAUAUGAUAUUACUGAUAAAUAUAUUUUAUCCUUAUAAAUUAGAUUUGGAUCUAAUUUUUUAAUCUUUCUGACCUCCAGUUCACAGUAUAAUUAUAAACAUUUUAUUGGUCUUUGCUAACUCGAAUGCAAACUGCCCAUUCUGGCUCAGUGAUAUUCUAUUCACCAUUCUCUUCAUGUUGGCACACUUCUUAAGUGUUCAUAGGUUUGACCAACAUGAUUUCAUUGGAUGGCAUUAGUGGGAAUUUACCCUUCUAGUUCAUAGAAGCUUUGUGUUCCUCUAAUUAUUCGUGAACUUCCCUCCAGGUUUUAUUUAAGUGAUUUGGGAGUCGCUGGUCUGGUUUUUCCUUUUAUGGGUUGUUCCAAGGUUAUAUAACCCAUUCUAGGGUUAAUUCUAGGUUUAAUGUUUGAGAGCAGUUUCUCCUGAGCAUCCUAUGUCAUCACUGGUGAAUAGAAUCCUUAGUCUGCCUGGUAAGGAAAGGCUCCCUUCUUGAUUCUACCUUAGUGUCAGGCAUGUUCCCAGUCUUUCUCCAUGCUUUGGGUAGUUUUCUCAUACAUGUACACAUGUUUAAUCUGCGUAGUGUUUGAGGAAAACCUCUGUAGACACUCAGGGUUUUGAUUCUAAGUGUUUUUCUCUCCUCUGACAUUUUCCCAUGAAUCCGAGCAGGCAUAUUCCCCCCUGCACUGCAGCUCGGAUUCCCCUACUCAGGGAGCCUCUGGGUUACUCUUUCAUGAGUUCCACUCUGAGAACUCUCUCAGGUCUGGACUAUAAGAGAUUUGUGUGGCUCACCUCACCAUAAAAGGACCACUGGCAUUUAUUGACUGGUAUCCAUUGUCUCUAACUUCCUUGUUUUAUAUCUUUUAUUUUUGUCAUUUAGAGUGUAGAUGUUGCUCUAUAUAGAAUAAAUCUAGCUAGUCACUGUUUCCACAUCAUGAGUUGACUUACAAGGUUCCACUAAACUGAUUUGUAAUUUUGAAACAUCUAAAGAUAUUAUAUGUAGGCUCUCUCCAUUUGUGCUCUCUCUCUUAACUUAGCAAGAAUAUUGAAGAAUCUGAUAAAAAUCUUAGAAAAGAGGGUAAAAAUACAGUAGAAGAAUAUAAUUGGUGUAGAAAGAGUCUUUAAGCAGUAUAGUUUUAAAAUUUUUAUAGGAAGCAGAUAAUAGAGGAUGUGGUGAAAGAUUGCGAUAUGCAUGGUUAUUAUUUUAAGGUGCUGUUGGUAAUUGACAAGUGAAGGCUCUUGAGCUAUAAGCACAAUUCAUUUACUUCAGAAAGAAUUACAGUAUUUAUGGUUGUGUUAAUUGUUAUAGAGAAAUAUUUUCCAUCAUUUUACAAAGGUCUUGGCAUCAGGCAGAGAAAAUAUUUGGUUAAAUUUAUCAUGUGUUAUAUGGGAAAGUGAAAAUAAUAAAACACAGAUUUUAGGCCAGCUGGGGAAGAAAUAAAGAAAAAAAUGAAUAACUCCAAGGAUAAAUUGAUAAGCAAUAGGUAAUAUUUAUUUAGAACCUACCGUGUGUGGAACUCCCCGUGUGUUCUAUCUUCUGUAUGAUCUUAUUUCCCCAUUGCUUACAUAGUAGGCGCAUUACGGAUAUCCACUGGGUUACAUGUAAUUCCAUUUUCUUUAGAUGAGGAAAUUGAAGCCUUUGCCUAAGUUUAUACAGUUCGGAAGUGACUGAUUGAGAAUGUGGGUCCAAGUAGCCUGAUUUAAGAGCCCACACAUGUAACCACUGACUAUGUUGCCAAUGAGUUUAAAAUGGGAAUGGAUUAAAAUAUGCAAGAGAGCUGGAAGGACUAGGGGUUGUGGUCCCAAAGCAGGAUACUAAUGCUAAAGAUGCCAAAGACUGAGCAGUUUUGGGUGAAGCUGGGCCUAAAGUGGGUGAUGAAAGAACUGGAGCAAAGGUAACUGGAGUUGGUCAUUUGAGAAUGUUCAGGAUGUUUUUGGUGAUUCAUGUUUGUAGACACUAAGUGUACCCCUGGCAAUGGCUGAAUCGGAGGUAGAGGGUAGACUACUAACAUUUUAUUUUUGUAGCUAGCUAUUGUUGAUGAUGUGGUAGGGUUUGAUAGUGGAGUGAAUUAACCUAUUAUUGUAGACCAGAGUAGAAAAAUAUGCUUGUUGAAUACUCCACCUGGAAGAAGUGGGUAAGGCCAGUAAUAAAAGAAUAACCAGGCUGCCAGCUUCUCUCUCUACAACCUUUCUUACAACCUGUUUUUCUCUUCUCUCAGUCCUAUUUCUAGUCAUAGUACACAUAAUUACACUUACUCUGUGACACUUUUAUACGGAGUGGAGGGUAUCUUCUUUUCAGUUAGGAUUUUCACCAUGCAGCUCCUACAGUGCCAAUAAGUCAUGCUGGUCCUGAUUGGUCCAUGUUGGACUCUCAGUAUGGGUGGCAGUUCACACCAAAGCUGCUCUGUGACUGUUUGAGUCAAGUCACCCUAUCACCAAAGGUGUGGCUAGAGAGAAGUCACUUCUUUUUUUUAUGUACUUACUGGAGAUCAGGCGUGCAUUAUAAACAAUCUUAGAUAGAGGUCCUUCUUUUCCUGGUAUCUCAGUAACAGACUCUUUUCUAUAAAUGGUUUCUUUUAGGGUUUUAAAGAAUUUACACUUAGAACAUUGGAAACCUCAUUUUAUUGUGAAAGAAAAGAUGUUAUAUCUUUGACUGCCAGCCUGUAAAUGGAUAUACAUGCUUCUCUCCUGUGUAUUAUUGAAAUCUCUCCAGAAGUAAUCAAGGGUCUUCCUCAGGAAAGUUUUACUGUCAUUGUUUGGGACAUAGUGUCUUUGUGCUGGCCUCUAUGUGUCCCUUGACCUGACACUUCACUGACGGAAACUUCAGUAUAUUCCAUGGACCAACCCAGCUGGUUUGAUAAGUAGCAAAAUUCACCAGGACAGCUAUACAUGGAUGCACCAAAGCUGUGAAAUUAAUUUUUGCGUGACUUAUUAUUUGGGAAUGAUAUGGAAUGUCUUUUUUUGGAUGGAUCUUACAUUUUUUCCAUUAAAUAAAAAUUAUGUGUGCACGUAUUCAGGCAUGUGUGCACGCACGCAUAUAUGUGUGUACAGCUUGCACGUGUGUAUGCAUACACAAACACACACACACACACACACACACACACACACACACACACACACACACACACGCAUUGUGGAGGUCAGAGGACAUCUCAUGGGAAUUGGUUCUUUCCCUACACCAUAUAGGUCUUAUAGAUAAAAGUCAGGCCAUGGAGUUGAUUCUUGCAUGUUUGUCAACUUAAAGUAGAAAAGCGUAUGGGUGCCCUAAUAUUUAACAUACUUUUAAAGAGGCUUGUCAUUUACAUAAAUAUCUUAUGGAGAUUUGAGAGGAAGAUGGUACAAAUAUCAGUCUGAGAAGGGAGGAGACCUUCAUCAGCUCCGUGUUGUACCCCAAAGGCCUGGAAUAUGGCAUUCAGUCCAAAGGUUUCUGCAUUUUGGCAAUAUUUUCUUACUCUGACAUUGUUUAAUGUGGGUUUUUCUGCUCUGCACCAUUUAUUCCUUGGUAGAAAAUUAAAAUAAUCCUCAAGGGUCUAGUUUAGUCCUUAGUUUAAGGAGGUGUUACAGACCCACUGGCCUGUGCCAGGAUGUGGCUUUCUUGUGGUGGCCAGGGGCCUUGGGUCAGAUGCUUCAGUAGUUAACAGUGACAGAACAGUGUAUGUGACAUCCAGCUACUGUCACAUGCACUAAUCAUGCUGUCACCAAGUUCUGGAUCGGGCUGACUGAAAAGCAAAUUAUGCUGGCCUGCUCUGAAGUCCACCUAUAAGAUGGCAAAUUAGGGGGAAAGUGAAAAAAUAAUCCAUUUAAUGCUUUCAUGUCAGCAAGACUUAAAUCUUGGUUAUUGAAUGAGUGUUGAAGCUAAAAGCAAAAUAUUUCUUCAAGUAAUGAUUGUGUGUUCCCAUGUUUGUUUUAGUUGUUUUAAUUGAGGUACUAAAGUGAUUAACCGUUUUCUAGAAUUAAGAAAAUGAAAGCGGUGGUGACUGUACUGAAGUAGGGGAAAGGGCAAGGUUCAAGUGAAACUAAAAAUUCGAGCUAAUGCCGAGGGGAAGUAUCUUAAAUAGUGGCAUGAUUAAUUUUGCAGGGUGUGUGUUCUUUUUCUGAGUCUUGCCUGCCCCUGAGUCCUUGUUAUUAUGAAGAGAAAUAUUUAGUUCACAGGAACACCACAGGACUUGAAUGAGGAGGGAAGUCAGACGUUUGUACUGGGAAGGCGAGCCUCUGUGUGCCUCGUGUUUUGAACUUCCUUCAGUGGAAGUUUGGUAGCUAUCGUAGGCAGAAAGGAUGCAGCACCUAUGAUACUUGGGGAAGUCGCUCUGCGCUGGCUGAAUGCUGCUUUUCCUGCUUCAUUCUUCUGCAGUAUUUGCAAUUAAAAUUGAAAAAGAGUUUUUAAGGUAGGAGAUGUUCUGGAAAAGGCCAUGUUGCUUCUUGAUAUUCCUUUAAUAGCUCCAAGUCUAAGUUUUUAGAACUGGCCUUUAACUUUGUUUUACUCAGUGCUUUGGCAAACAGAUUCCUAAGUCUAAUCAGGCUAAUGUAAACCAUUGUACCAACAAAGCACACGCUAGUCUUUUCCUUGAUCGGGAACACUUUACACGAUGCUGCUGAAUGCUAAGGACAUGAAACAGUUCUGCAUUAUCGAAAUGAUUUGUUUGGUUUUGUGGGCAUAUGAUCCAGUGCUAAUUUGUAGAGGCCUGUUCCCAAAAGCCCACUUGGAUAGCAUUUAUUAAAAAUGCAAGUCUUCUGACUAAUGAAUGGUAAGAUGAUAAUAUUUUGUCUUUCUUCCAAGUAAACAGAGUGAGUUCCAGGAAUUUGAGUGAUGGAAACAGUGACCUUUAAAUUAGUUUUAAGUGGUAGAUCCCUCUCUGCUGUGAAAAUGCAUAUACAAAUAUCUUGGAGAGCACAAGUCUCCAAGGAAUGAUGGGGAGGAAAAGAAGCAAUGAGCUAAACAAUAUGGAGUUGAAUGGCAUUAUUAGCAUUUCUGCCUUAGAAGUAAAUAGUUUACAGUCUGUGCUUUGGGAAGGGGUCUAUUUUAAGGCAGAAAGUGUUAUUGUUAUAAUUGCUUCUAGGCAAGUUGGGUUGUCUGUGUUGCAGUUCUCAGUAAUGACUCCACUGUUGAAGGCCUAUUAGCUGUUGGUCUCUGUUUGAGGCACUGGAGACAUAAGGGUGACAAGACAGCAUGUCUAUCUUGAACAUGGCAUUCCUGCUGGGAAAAAGAGAUGAAACUAGUAACUAGGAGCUAUUGAAUAUCAAAUAGAAAAACUAAAGUAGGGAAAUCCUUUACAAAGUUAACGAGGAAAGUCAGGAACUGAAGUGAAGAUCUGUAGUCUUAGUUACUGUGGAGAAGGACACAAAAGAACUUAUGAAUCCAAUGGGUUGAUGAUGGAAAAAAACUGGGCAACUAAGAGACUCCUUCAGUUGGGCUGGUUCAAUGGGUGGCUAAGAGGUUGUUUGGAAUUGGGAUCUUGAAUAAUAAGACACAAAUUAAGAUCUAGGUGAAGGGUUCUAUGAUGUAGAAAUAGUUACUUAAAAGGUAUUAGGCUAGGAACAGUUUGAGAUAUUAAUGUUUAUAUUUUGAGCUGGAAAAGAGGCUACUGUCAUUUUGUUCUCAAAACAGUAAUGUGUUUUCUGUAGGUUUAAAGAGUUAGGAAGUUCAGGCUACUCUGGAAUCAUGGAAUUAGAAGUAUGAAGGCCAGCUAUUGUCAGGACUGUUUGAUCCCGUUUGUAUAACUCAGACUUGUUUUUAUUUUUCUCCCCUUGUUAAAUUUCCUUUGCCAGAGUAUGACGGCCUUUGCUUUCUAUCUACUGGAAGUCAUUAUACUUCAUAGCUGUGUAUGUGUUCCAGGAGCUUUGGGAACCUCACCAAUCAUGUUCCAAAGGCCAGGAAGAGACUGCCCAUCAUCUCUCAAAAAGUCCCAGCUCUUUUCUCAGAAGUGCCAUGAAUCUCUUAAAUCCAUGUUGGUGUAACUCCUGAGCUAGACCUUGGGGAAGAGAAUAGAAUUCCCUUUGGUAAGUCAGCUCCACCUUGACUUACUAGGAAAGAGGGUUCUACUGCCUCAUCCCCCAGAGAUUCACAGCCUGAAAAGCACAAGGAAGGGAAUAAAAAUAAAUUCAUAAUGCUUUUUCAGGACAAGGGUGGAUGGCCAAAGUGAUUGUCAGGCAACCUAAUGAUUACGUACUUUAAAGCACAGUGAAAAAGACUAGAAAUGCAUGAGGGAAGAUAUGGAGGCUGAGAUUAGUUUAUGUAGAGUCUUUUAGGAUAUUGAUUUUGAAAUCUACUGUACUUGAAAGAAAAUUAUAUUUUGUAGUUUUAGGUAUUUACAUGUAAACAAAUAUACAGAUGCAUGUGUGUUGAUUGGCUCAUUGUUCCUGUAGAACCCAAUUUCAGACACUGGAGAAUAAUCAAAACCAGUAAUUCUAAAGGCCUGGAAAUUAACUAAGAUGAGGCAGUGACCUAAAUCUAAUUUACUAUUGAAACAUCAAUACUCUAUGAGGUCGAAUGGUAAGUCAUGGCUUCUGCUGUGUGGACAAUUUGAAGGAUGCUAUUGUAGAUGAAUAGAAUCAUUAGGUUUCUAUAGUGAACUGCUAGAAGCAGGGGUACAAAAAACAAGGCAACAAACCCCAAGUCUAAAACUCUGUGGUUAAAAAUAUGUCUAUAUUCCCGGAUGACUAGUGCAUAUGUUAUUUGUGUAUAAUCCUGAGAGCAUCAUGAAAUGGCACGAAGGGAGGAGAUGUGAAUUUGUUGGUAAAAGAUGUGGCUGAUUCUGGUGAGGUGUUGGAGUUUACCCUUGCUUCAAUGAGUUUUAUAGUGUGCACACAGCCUGGGUGGCAGAAAACAGAAGCCUAUUAGAUUGAUUCGUUAGAGGGCAGAAUUAUGGGAUAGAAGACCAACUGGAAAUUUACUAGGGGGGCCUACAGGCAAGAAACCACCAAAAGGGUGAGCCUCAAAAUCUUGAGUAUAAACUCAGCUAAAUUCCUUGGCAGGCACCUAAACAAAAUAGGCAUGGAAGAGACCACCAGGGGGCCAGGCUAAAGCAGCAGUAACUAGAAGCCAAGAAAAUUUGGCAGUGACACCAGUCUCUUUCCACACCAUGGGGGAGUUGGAGUUUAGUAGUAGUUCACAUGAGUCUCCUCUCUUACUAGAACCCCAAUCCAAUGAUUCUUUAAAAAAGUACUUCAGUGUCUCAAAUGUGGAAUGCCUGUUAUUCACAGAAUAACAUCUUUUAAGCAGUUGUACCCACAACUGCUUAAAAGUCUUCACUUCCAAUCAAGGUUAUUUCUUACAGCCACAGGAUUCUUUUCCCAUUCCCUCCAGUUUAUUCCCUAAUGUGUCCACAUUGACCAUUGAUCUGUGUUGUUGAAAUGUAGUAUUUCACUGAGCCUUGGAGAUGGAAGUUUUACUCCUUCAGAAACAGUUAUUACAGCCAUGAGGCAGUGUCGAUCCCAUAAGAUUGUUUGUCUUAGGUGAGACAGAGAAAGCUACAACUUUAUUCCUCUCUACAGAUGUACAGAGAAAAGGCCAGGCAAGAAGGUAGCCCUCUGCAAGCCACAAAAAGUCUUCCUCAGAAAUCAAAUCAGCCAACAUGUUCCUCUUUAAAUUAUAAGCACCAGAACUGAGAGAGUACAUUUUUCUCAUUUUUAUCUGCUUACUCUUAUAUACUUCAUUGUGGUAGCCCAAGCAUCCUACCUACCAUGUUAAGUUUGCAGAGAGAUAAAAAUGCUAGGCACAGAAAUAAAACAAAAAGUAUAUUCAUAGUGUAGGAAGAAAUUCUUAAUGCAAUCUGAUUCCAAUUAGUUCAGAUGUUAAAUUAGCACAGAUAUGAAAGGAUCUAUUUAUAUUAUUCAACAAAUGAAAGGAAAAUGUGUUCAGUUAGAACAGUGCAUUUUUUUUCUUUAUUAACUUGAGUAUUUCUUAUUUACAUUUUGAAUGUUAUUCCCUUUCCCAGUUUCCGGGUCAACAUCCCCCUAACCCCUCCCUCUCCUCCUCCCCUUCUAUAUGGGUGUUCCCCUCCCCAUCCUCCCCCAUUACCGCCCUCCCCCCAACAAUCACGUUCACUGGGAGUUCAGUGUUAGCAGGACCCAGGGCUUCCCCUUCCACUGGUGCUCUUACUAGGAUAUUCGUUGCUACCUAUGAAGUCAGAGUCCAGGGUCAGUCCAUGUAUAGUCUUUAGGUAGUGGCUUAGUCCCUGGAAGCUCUGGUUGGUUGGCAUUGUUGUUCAUAUGGGGUCUCGAGCCCCUUCAAGCUCUUCCAGUCCUUUCUCUGAUUCCUUCAACGGGGGUCCUGUUCUCAGUUCAGUGGUUUGCUGCUGGCAUUCACCUAAGUAUUUGCUGUAUUCUGGGUGUGUCUCUCAGGAGAGAUCUACAUCAGGUUCCUGUCGGCCUGCACUUCUUUGCUUCAUCCAUCUUGUCUAAUUGGGUGGCUGUAUGUGUAUGGGCCAAUGCAGAACAGUGCAUUUUUUAAUGCUUGAAAAGAAAUAAAAUCUUAUCAGAGAAAUAAAAACAAAGAAAAUUUAUACAAAUGGAAUGAUCUGUGUACGCAUAUGUAAUUAUGUAUAUAUUUAUACAUAUGUAAAUGUGUGUGUCUACUUUUUGUGUAUGUAUGCAGUAGUCAAAGGUCAACCUCAGGUGUUUGUCCUUAGGCAAUGCCCACUUUAGUUCUUUAGUUCCUUUUCUUUUUUUGAACUCACCAAAUAGGCCCCACUGGCUGACCAGCAAGUCCUAGGGUUCUUUCUGUUUCUGCUUGCUCAGCUCUGCGAUUACAAGCAGCAUGGAUUACCAAGUCUGAAAUCUUCAUAAGGCCUCUGAAACUUGAAUUUCUUGUGCUUGAUUGGUACUUUGCCAACUUCCUUAUCAUAGAAAGGCCCAGGACUAAUAAGAAAAAAAUUGAAUCGUCUAGUUAAUAGCGAUUUAUCACAAAUGAAGCCAACACAAAGGAAAAGGCAACAGAGUGCGUUUGAGACCAGUUCAAUUGGGUGACUGUUUUACGUGUGUAUGGCUAUCAAAGGAUUUAUCACAGAUGAAACCACAUGAUUCAUUGCUUCACUCUAAAUUUUGGUAAAAAUAAAACGAUAGAAAUAUGUUUGAUUGAGGCAGUAAACAUGUGAAAUUUGGAAUAUCUAUGAUUAGCAUUGAAUUAAGUAGACUUUGAAGUUAUUACUAAACACAAAGUAGAUAAUUCAUAGUGAUAAAAUGAUUGCAAUGAAGUUUUAGCAAUUAUAAACAAACUCAACUAAUAAAAAUGUUUAAAGACAAAUUUAGAUGGUAUAGAUAGCUUCUUUGCUAGCGAGGACAACAUUUGGGAAGGAAAUAUCAGUUUUCUCUAUUGGAAUACCACUGAGAAUAUCAACCACAGUCCAGGACAGUUCCCAUACUCAGGAAGCAUUCUAUAACAUAAAACAAACUUAGAUUUGGUUUCUGUUCAUUUUCUGAGAGAGAGAGAGAGAGAGAGAGAGAGAGAGAGAGAGAGAGAGAGAGAGAGAGAGAGAGAGGAGAACAUAUAAAGAUAUAAAGUGGGGUAUGCAGGGAAGUGGGGAGGAUCUGGAGUUAGGUGACAUGAUAAAAGUAUAUUGUGUAAGUAAAUUUUAAUGAAAAACAUGAAUUACCAAAGAGAUGUAGUAAGAUACAAGGGAUGACGGAUAAGCAGAUAUAGUUGGUGUUUAUAUUAAUCCAUAGAAAAAACUUGUUAAUGAUACAGAAAAUUGAUCGAUACUAUCAGAUAAUUUGACCCUAGUAGACAAGAGAAUACUCCAUUUCUUCUCAGAAGUACACGGAAACAGAACAUUUACAAAAUAGACCAUACUCUGGGCAGUAAAAAACUAUUAAUUUAUUUGAAAGGAUUGCAGUCAUAGAAAAAUAUGUCCCCUGACCACAGUAGAACUAAAUUAGGAGUCAAUGGGAUAUUUGGGAAAGCCUCAUACAUUUUGUACCUGGUGAUUAUACUUUUAAAUAACCCUGGGGUAAAGAUGAAAUAGAUGGAACUGAGAGAAUAUCUUAAGAUGAAUAAAAUUUAAAAAUGCAAUGUACCAAAAUUUGGGAGAAUUUGUACUAGGAAGAGAAUCUGUAACAGCAGAUGAUUCUCUGAGAAAAGGAUGAGUUUAAAUCCCCAUGGAUUCCCCAAGAUUCUAGAAAAAGGGAUAGCAAAGUCAAUCUAAGUCACAAGGAAGAUGUACUUAUUUUAACUGUUACUCAAUGAAAAUAGAAAACAAUGAUUAAGAGAGGGAGCAGUACAACAAAUCACUCCCUUAAGAAGAAAAACAAAUGGGGCUGGAGAGACAACUGAGCCAUUAAAAACACUUGCUGCUCUUGAAGAGGACAUGUUGAAUGCUGCUUAGAUGCUGCCUAUAACUCCAGCAGGAGAGUGUCUGAUACAUCAUGUUUACCUUUGAGGACACCUACACACUUGGGCAUAUACAGUAACCUACACAUAGACAUAACUAAGCCAAAAAAAUAUUUAAAAUAGCAACAAAAAUUGUAAAUAUCUAUCUAGACAAGGAAACCAGAAUGGAGCUCAAUAAAGAUUAGAUGAUGCUAAUAUAGUUUUUUGUAAUAGCCAAUAUUUAUUAAGUGAAUCCUGAAAUAUACAAAAGAUUUUCAUGAGCAAAGAUAGACUUUUUAUUUCACAUAUUUAUAGCAGAUUAUAACUGUAUCAAACUUUAGCCUCAGAUUUUUUUCCCUGUAGACAAUAUCUCUUUUUUUUGUACUUUUAUGGUAUGAUACAAGGAUAAAAAAACCACACUUCAUAUAAAUAUCAAAUUUAAAGGAAAAGACAUUGUACCAAAAUAACCUUUCUGGCUUUUUAAUGAUGUAGACGAAGUUAUUUUAAAAGGCCAACUUUAUUUAUUUAUUUUUUAAAAUUAUGGAUGCUAACCCUCUAUCAGACAUAGGAUUGGUAAAGAGCUUUUCCUAAUCUGUUGGUUGCCAUUUUGUCCUAAUGACAGUGAUCUUUGCUGUAUAGAAGCUUUGUAAUUUUUUAUUGGAUAUUUCUUUAUUUACAUUUCAAAUGUUAUUCCCUUUCCCAGUUUUCCGAACAUAAGCCCCCAUCUUAUACCCCUCCCCUUCUUCUAUAAAGGUAUUUCCCUCCCCAUGCACCCCCUUUACCUCUCCCCCACAACAUGCCCUUGCACUGGGGGUUCCAACCUUGGCAGGACCCAGGGACUUCUCCUUUCAUUGGUGCCCUGCAAGGCCAUCCUUUGCUACAUAUGCAGUUGGAAAUGCAUGUAUAGUCUUUGUGUAGUGGUUUACUCCCUGGGAACUCUGGUUGUUUGGCAUUGUUGUUCUUAUGGGGUUACAAACACCUUGAUAUUUUUGUUCCCUGUUUAAGGAGUGAAGCAUCUGCAUUUUGGUCAUUCUUCUUCUUGAGCUUCAUGUGAUCUGUGGAUUGCAUCUUGGGUAAUUGGAGCUUUUGGGCUAGUAAAAGGCCAAUUUUAAAUGAUAAGUCCUAAGUGGUUAAUGUCAAUUAAAAUGAGACUGUAGAAAUUUCAACUUAAAGCCUUUCAUACAUGAGAGCAUCAUACAUUGGUAGAUCACAUGUCUAGUAUAUACAAAGCUCUUGUUUACUAACCAGAUCAUGAGUAAGUAUAUAGAUAAACUAACUAACUAACUAACUAACUAACUAACUAACUACCUAACUACCUAACUAACUAAAUAAAUAAAAUUUCUCAAGGAACUCAGGUCAUUGAUGACUUGGUAGAUUGGAUUUUCUGUAACAUUUAAAAAUAUACAAUACCAAUUCUAUUUAGAGUCAUUUUGGAAAUAUUCAUUUACCUGGUACUUUGAGAAUGAAUCACAGAGGGGCAUGGGAAUAUGUCAAGACCUGAUUCUAACCAGGUAUGUUAAAUUGACAGUGAACUAAAUAAGCUUUGUAUAUAUAAUGCUGAUAGUGCUUGCUAAGUAUUGAUAGUUCUGUGGCAUGACAGGCCAAUCAAGAUGUCCACUAGUCUUUGUCUCAGGGAACAUUAAAUGAGGCAAAUUAUUUCAAUAGAGAAAACUAGAGAGCAAUGAAAUUAGAGAUGGGAUAAAAGAGUCUUGAUGAAAUCUAAUUUACAUGUACUGCAUUAAAAAUGCUUCUGCAAUGACCAAAUGAAACAUCAUGUGGAAUAGUUUUUUCUCUUUAAGGAGUCCAGGCUUAAGAUAAAGGUCAUCUGUGUCCAGACACAUUUUCCCCAAAUAACUAGAUGGAAUUCCUUGGACAAUAGUUAUAGGAUGUGGUGUGGAGGCUGCCCUGGGCUGAUCCCUGCAGUCAACUAGUCAUUUAGAAACAUUUGAGAACAAGAAACAAUGUGUCUCUUUAUUCUGUAUUUUUCAGGUCUAUGUAACUCUUCCAAAAUGAUUCUUACAAACAAACAAUUGUUUAUUCAUAUGCUGGACACGUAAGACAACAUUUCUUCCUGGGGGUGAUACCAUUUCCACUAUACCAUCAUGUUUCUUUCACUCAUGAGAUAUAUCUAGAUAUACAUACAUAUAUAUGUGCAUAUGCACAUAUGUAUACACACACACACACACACAUAUAUAUAUAUAUAUAUAGCUAAAAUUAGAAGGCUGAUAACCAUUUAUUUGUUCAAAAAUCAUUUGCUUUACAGUAUAUUGGAUAUGCUUUCUUCUAAAAGCUGGUAAUACAGAAAUAACAAAAAAGGCAGUGAUUCAAUGCUGGUGAUAAGUAUUGUUACCUAGUGAGUUGUCUUUUUACUUUCACCUGUGUGUAUAUGUGUGUGUGUGUGUGUGUGUGUGUGUGUGUGUGUAUGUAUAUAUAUAUUUGUGUGUAUACGCACAUUUGUAUGUAUGUGUGUGUGUAUAUAUGUAUGUAUGUAUAUACACACAAACAUUGUUUUCUCUUUUGAGACCAUUGCUUUCCUGCAGUGGGCUCAGUUAAAUUUAUACUUUAGCUGUGUUAUCCAACGUCAAUGAUAUCUCCUGCAUUCUCUGACUGACUGAAGUGCCACCUUGUCAGCCAAGUGCUAUUCUAUUAUGGAAUUGAAUUUUCUCCAAAACAACAUCAUUAUUUUAAAUGAGUUUGAUAAUUAACUAUUAUUUUCAACUUUUCUCCAUUUUCAUCCUGUUUUGUUGGUUUAUUUAUAUUUCUUUCUCCUCACUUUAAAAUAUAUUCAAUAAAAUCAGGCUCCUGCCUUUUAUAACAUGUAUGUAUGUAUGUAUAUAUGUAUGUUUAUAUGCAUGUACACGUGUAUGUGUGUAUGUGUAUAUAUAUAUGUAUGUAUGUGCUUGUAUGUAUGUGUAUUUGUAUUAUGUAUAUAUAUAUUAUGUAUGCAUGUGGGGGCACAUGUGUCAUGGUAUACACGUGGAGGUCUGAAGACAACUUGCUGCAUUCAGUUCUCUUUUUCAGUCAUGUAGGCCAUGGAGUAGAACAUUCAAUGUUGGUGGCAGACAUGGGUAGAUACUGUUAGCCAGCAAACUGUCUUGUCAGCCCUGUAUCCUGCAUUUGUUAUUUCUGAAUUACCAGCUUGCAAGGUAUAUGUGACACAUUAUUCAGCAAGUAGUUUUUAAACAAGUGAAUGGAUACCAAGGCCUGCUACUAUUGGCUUCUUUCAGCAGCUAAUUUUAGUGUCUUACUUUCCGUAGAACUUCAGCAACUGUCAUUUUCUUCUCCCAUAAUAAAAUCUUCCUUUUUUGCCAAGCUGAGAUCUAAUAUUCCUUUUAGACAUUUUAAAAAUCAAAUUUAUUUCAGCUAAUACAUGAAAACACAAGCAUCGCCCACUUAUAUUCCUGGUUUCAAAGUCAAGCUCUAUGGAUUUUGUCGCUAGCUAUUUUUUUCAGUCUACAAAUAUGUGCAAAAGCAAGAACUUUCCCUGCCAUCUCCCCCAAUGAACAUAUUUCCUCUCAUUCUCUUUGUGACUAAGCUUACUGAGAAAGCCUCAAUAUUUGACCUUCAUAUCCAGCUUGGACACUGGUUUUGGCACAUCCCAGACCUUUCAUUCCAAGCUUCCUAGUAAUUCCUAGUUAUUAAGCUCUGUGGUUUUUCUCAGUUCUCAUCCUCUUUAACCACGCUGCAGCCGUUAAUAUUGGUGUCUAACCAUGUCUUUGGUAACCUUUCUGUUCUUUGGCUUUUGUAUGAGCAGCCUGACUUCUCAUCGGCUUCUCUAAUUCUUGUGUUUACUUGCAGUGAUAGCCUUAGAUGAUGCUUCUGCUACACAGAGGUGCUCUUGAGGAAUUCUUUCAUCCACCUUAGUUCCAGCAGCAGCCUAAUGUGGCAUCUUGACUUUAGUCACUAACACUGUGCUGGUGAUUUAUAAACCCUCACCCUUGAUAAUGGGGCGUCUUGACUUGAAUCACGAACACUGUGCUGGUGGUUUAUAAACCCUCACCCUUGAUAAUGUGGCAUCUUGACUUUAGUCACUAACACUGUGCUGGUGAUUUAUAAACCCUCACCCUUGAUAAUGUGGCAUCUUGACUUUAGUCACUAACACUGUGCUGGUGGUUUAUAAACCCUCACCCCUGACUUUUCUGCCUAGCUUCAGGCUCUUCUUUCCCUCUGGUAUUUUUGGAUGCCUUGGUUUGAAGUUUUUGCCAUAACCUCAAAGUCAAUAUUUUUGAAAUGAAACCCAUCAUCUCUCUUCCCAAACAUCUGCUUCUCACUAUAUGUUGGUGCCCUUCUACCUAGACUUGAGAAUUUCACUAUUUCUUUUGAGUUCCAACUUUCCUCUAUCUUCAUCUUAACUUAUUUAAAUCCUAGAUCUUUGCACAGUUUUGAGUCUACAACACUGAUGUGCUCGUCUACACCUAUUGUUAUCGCCCUGUUCUGACACAGAACCGUUUUCAAUUUGGAGUGAUUUCAUCUGAUGCUGCUGACUCUUUCUUCCCUAUUACAGUGUCAUGUAGUAGUAAUGGCAGUAGAACUCAGUGGAAGAGUGUUUACCUAUGCUAUGGGAGGCUUUUGCUGUGGUUUUCUACACUACAAAGAGAAAUUGAAAAAGAAAAAUACAAAACCAUGUACUAUAUUUGAUGUCUUUCCUACUCACCUAAGUAGCAUUCAGUUGCCACAUUAAAACUUUUUGGGGGGGAAACAAUUUAUCAAAAUCAUAAAACCAUGAAAUAGAAUCAGACACAUAGGCACUUAUAAAGGGUCAGUGAAAAUCGAGCACAGAAGUGUGGCAGGCCACUAAGCAGGGCAGGCAGCACCUACCAAGAACAUAGAAGUUCUAUUAAUGCUGUAGAAGUCACCAUUAAUAGUAAUGAAAAAAAUAGUGUUUCAAAUAGGCUACCCACCCUUUUGUAGUCAUUUACAAUUUGUUUUCCUAUAAAUCUUAAGUCUUAUAGUAUAGACAUAGUUUUUAAUUUUAUGUGCACAUCUGUGUGUGCAGGUAUAUGUGUGUUAUGUGUAAAGAACAAAGAACAAAGUAAAGGAUCUUUUGUAACUCUGCUUGACCUUGUAUUUUUUUGAGGCCUGGUCUUAACUGCCUGGCUGAUCAGCCUCCAGGAUCCUCCUCUCUCUCUUCAACUGGGCACUGGGGUUAGAGAAGCUCAUGCCAGCACCAGGGGUUUAAGUUGGUGUUGGAGAGUCAGUUUGUCAUGCUCACAGAGCUAACACUGCACUCUCUGAGUCAUUUCCCUAGCCCAAUAGAUAUCUGAAUAUGCCAACUUGUAGAAAUAGAGUGAAGCAUGGAUAAGGAUUUAAAUUGUGUUUGAUGAUUUUACUCACAAUUGCUGACUAUCAUAGCCAUAAAAUAAGAAAAGACUUCAUUGCCCACUUUGUGUGUGUGUGUGUGUGUGUGUGUGUGUGUGUGUGUGUGUGUGUGUGUGUGAGCUUGAUUCAGUUUAUGGUUUAGCUAUUGUAAAGAAUUCAGCCUCAGGGGCUGUAGAAACUACUGCUCAGUCAGUAGCUCAGUGAGUAAAGCGUUUUCCACAGAAGUUCGAAGACCAGAAUUUGGAUCCACAGGGCUCACAUAAAAAUCAGUAAGCCUUGGGACCAACUGUAAUCUCAGGGGAGCAGAGACAGGACAUCUCUUGAACAACGUGUCUGGAAGACAAUUCAAAAUGAGAGACCAAGCCCCAGUAAAUAAAGAGGACGGCAAUCCAAGAAGAUGCCAUCCAUGUGCAUGAAUAUGUGUACAUUUUCUUAUGUUCCCUUUACCCUACACACAUGAACAAAAGCCAUUCCCUCCUCAGCAAGAUAAAGCUUCUAUUUCGUGCUGGUGAUACAUUCUUUUCAGUGUUUACAUGCCUGUAAAGUACAUACACAACUACUCAAAUAACAAUGUCAUCUGUAUACCAUUUCUGUAUACCAAAAUCAUAUAACACUAUAUUUUAGGACAUGCUUCUCUUCACAACAGACUGAAACUUAGUAUGCUAUUAUGCAAAUUUCUACUCAUGUAGGUUUAUUAAUAAAAUGUACAGUUCUCUCUUUUACUGCUUGUUGCCUCAUUUUAAAAAGUCACUGAAUAUGACUAGAGAGUCACUGGAUAGGGCUGCAGAGUCACUGAAUAGGGCUGCAGAGUCACUGGAUAGGGCCGCAGAGUCACUGAAUAGUGCCGCAGAGUCACUGGAUAGGGCUGCAGUGUCACUGAAUAGGGCUGCAGAGUCACGGGAUAGGGCUGCAGAGUCACUGAAUAGGGCUGCAGAGUCACUGAAUAGGGCCGCGGAGUCACUGAAUAGGGCCGCAGAGUCACUGGAUAGGGCUGCAGAGUCACUGGAUAGGGCUGCAGAGUCACUGGAUAGGACUGCAGACUUACUGUUGUUGCAGAGGACCUGGGUUAGGUUCCCAGCACUCACAUGGUGGUUCACCACCAUCAAUACUUCCAGUUCCAGGGGAUCUGAUACCCUUUCUGACCUCUGUGGACACCAAUCACACAUGAGGAACAUGUACAUAGAUACUGGCAAAACACCCAUGUAUAUAAAUCUAAGCAGAUUAAAAAUAAAAAGACACCUUUAAAAUGUAUCUGAGUACUUAUAAAUUAAUAAACCUAAUUUUGGCUCCUUCUACUUAUUCCAUUCACCUGUAGACUGAAGUGAUGCUAUUUCCCUGCCUUUGAUAUCCUACUACAUAAACUUUUUAAUUCUAUCCAUUUAAUUCUUUCAAAAUUCACUCCAUUUGGUUUGCACAGAAGGACUUAGCUUAUUUGUUUUAAUAGAGUUUGAUAUAUUUCUGUGCUCGAAUCAUUCUUUCCAGUGAGACUUCACAAUAAAGAAAAAGGUUGGCCAGCACAGUAGACGCUGCAUAUGUGGCUGUGCAGUUCUGGAAAUAUAACUACCAUAACUGAGGAAGUCAAUUUUAGAAUUACUAAUUUAGCUAAUUUCUUGUUUUAAGAUUUAUUUAUUUAUUUUAUGUAUGUGAGUACACUGUCUCUCUCUUCAGAAAGAUUGGAAGAGGGCAUCAGGUCCGAUUACAGAUGGUUGUGAGCCACCAUUGUGGUUGGUGAGAACUGAACUCAGAGCCUCUGAAAGAGCAGUCAAUAUCCUUAGCCACUGAGCCAUCUCUCUAGCCCCAGCUAAUUUAGCUACUUUAAAUACCCAGAGAUGUAUAAUAGAUUACAUAUUGGAUUCUAAGCUCUGUCAUAUCAACUGACAGGAUCUCUUGAACCCAGAGCUCACUGAUAGAGAUAGUCUUGCUAGCCUGCUUACUCUAGAGCAUCUCCUCUCACUGUCAUCUAGUGCUGGAAGCACAGUUGGAUUACCAUGACCACUGUGCAUUUCGGUUGAUUGCUGGAGAUCUGUAAUCUGGUCUUCAUGUCCGACUGGAAAGCAGUCAAACUCCUUGUCCUAUACAUUUUAAUAUUUACAUAUAAUCAUAUUUAUUUUAUAUUAUUUCAUUCAUAUUUCAUUUGGUGCAUAAAUUUAUUAGUUUUAGAUUCCUGGGUGGGGAAAAUGUGGCUGAGUGGAAAACUGAUGAGGAUCUGAGGAAGGGGAACUGGAAUCAGAAUGCAUUGUGUGAAAAAUAUGUUUUCAGUAAGAAUGUUAUUAUACUGUAUAGAGUGAUGUGUGUGUGUGUGUGUCUGUGUUUGUGUGUACAUUUACAUUCAUGGCACUGUGUACAUGUUGUAGUCAAACGACAGUGGUUAAUAUCAGUUUCUUUUACCUUUUGAGUCCUGAGAACCGUGUUCAUAUCUUCAGGAUUUAGGUUAAGACACCUUUACUUGCUGGGUCAGAUAACCCGUCGAAAUCUGCACUUUAUAAUGUUCUGUGUAUCCUAAUGCAUCGAGUAUAUUUUUGUUUAGAAGCACAAAAUACAUUUUUGUUAUAUAACUGAAUAACUGGAUAACCAUGUGUUGACUUUAAUUAGGUUAACAUUAAUUGUUUAAAAAGCUUCUCCAUAAUUCAGUUUUUUCACAAGUGUAAAGGCAAAGGACAUGUUUUUAGAAUUUCAUUGGCAUUCAUGUUCCUUAAAGAAAAGUGCUUCUAUUUUAUCAAUUCAUUCACAUUUUCUCCAGCAUUGCUACAAAUUCAAAACACCUUUUGUAGUAAUUUCAACUCCUGAACACAGAGUCUUAGUUGUAUUCUGGCUGAGUCGAGAAGGCCCUGAGCAUGGAGGUGUAAACUAACCAGGGUUCUAAUCAGCACCAUGCACAUGGAUGGCUCCCCAAGUGGCUCAGACCCCUGUGACACCUGUCUUUUUCUAAUGCAACUGCCAAUUUCUCCCUCUGCUGGCUUUGGAAUAAAUGCCUUGUCAGAGAAGGAAUUAGAUUCCGAUAGCUUUUUCCUAUGGUUAAUUGAGGUGAUAGAUAUACUUGACAUUUUUUUAAGUGCAAAAUAGAAGAUUAAGACACAUUUUUCUCCAUGCAUACUCUGUUUUAGAGGAGGUCACAUUCUGGGGUCCUUUUAAUAUGCCUGAGCAAUUAAUAGUAGUGAUACUUUUGCUUCACAUCAUCACAUCGUCUUUUAAGUUCUUUCAGGCUGACAGAUAAACUUCUUUUUCUACAGUUUGAAUUGUUUGGAUCUUCCUCAAGUCCACCAUCUAGGUCUUUCCCUUCAGUCCUGCAAAUUAAUGGUGAUUUGAAAAUACAAAAGAUCCCACCUCUUCCUUUUUCUUCCUCUAUUGCAGCUCACUAAGUCUAAUUCAUACUGUACAUAUGUACAUGGCUGUGGGGAGAUCCACUGAUGCAUGAGAAGUCUCCUAGUGAUCCUAUCAAAAAGAAGAAUGACUCUGCCUCUCCCAGCAUCUGUCACAGGCUAAUAGCUCUUCAGUAAGGGUUGGGCCAUUAGAAGCCCCUCCCCCACCUAUUCUGUAAUUUUGGCUUCAGUGAUCUUGUCUUGUAAGGGUAAAGUUAGAACUCCUCUGAGUUUACUAUUGUAUAGCCUUGCUAUGUGUAGACAACAGCAUUUUCACAGUGCCUCUCUAGUCCUUUGGACUUUACACUCUCUCAGCCUCCUCUUUAGCAAUUGAUUAUCAUUUUUAAAAAAUUUUAGGGGGAUAUAUCAUAGUAUAACUACCCAGUUACUAUGUAUUGCACAGAUAAAUGUUUGUAAUUUAAGGGCCCAAAGAGACAGUUUAAAAAUAUUAGCUUAUGCUAAUGAAUACUACAGACACAUAAAAAUAUUUUUGUUGAAAGAACCCAAACCCUACAUUAACAAGUUCUUACACAUUACUGUUGGAUUUUAUGUAAUUUAUUGAUAUUAUUAAAAACAAUAGAAUUUGAUUAUUUAUUUAUAUACAUUAGACCUGUUAUGAGGAAAGCACCAUUUUAGUACCACUACUUAGUACAUUUAAAGUAUUAUUCAUAACAAAGACAAGAAGAAAACUAUAUAUAUAUACAUACAUACACACUAAUAUAUAUAUAUAUAUAUAUAUAUAUAUAUAGUGUGUGUGUGUGUGUGUGUGUGUGUGUGUGUGUGUGUGUGUGUAUGUGUGUAUGGCAAGUUUAGUAAUGAGGAAAUUCUAUCAGGAAAAGAAACCAAGUAGUUUACACCCAUUGUCAAGUGAUAAUUUUUUAGGAGAAAGAAGCCCAGAUUUAUUUCCGUUCAUUUCACAUGUUCAGCUAUUAAGAAUUAAUAUCUUCAAUUUGCAAAUUCAUCUGGAAUAACAAAAAACCCAGGAUAGCUAAAGCUAUCCUCAACAAUAAGAGGACUUCAGGGGGAAUCACUAUCCCUGAACUCAAGCAGUAUUACAGAGCAAUAGUGAUAAAAACUGCAUGGUAUUGGUACAGAGACAGACAGAUAGACCAAUGGAAUAGAAUUGAAGACCCAGAAAUGAACCCACACACCUAUGGUCACUUGAUUUUUGACAAAGGAGCCAAAACCAUCCAAUGGAAAAAAGAUAGCAUUUUCAGCAAAUGGUGCUGGUUCAACUGGAGGGCAACAUGUAGAAGAAUGCAGAUCGAUCUAUGCUUAUCACCCUGUACAAAGCUUAGGUCCAAGUGGAUCAAGGACCUCCACAUCAAACCACAUACACUCAAACUAAUAGAAGAAAAACUAGGGAAGCAUCUGCAACACAUGGGCACUGGAAAAAAUUUCCUGAACAAAACACCAAUGGCUUAUGCUCUAAGAUCAAGAAUCGACAAAUGGGAUCUCAUAAAACUGCAAAGCUUCUGUAAGGCAAAGGACACUGUGGUUAGGACAAAACGACAACCAACAGAUUGGGAAAAGAUCUUUACCAAUCCUAUAACAGAUAGAGGCCUUAUAUCCAAAAUAUACAAAGAACUCAAGAAGUUAGACCGCAGGGAAACAAAUAACCCUAUUAAAAAAUGGGGUUCAGAGCUGAACAAAGAAUUCACAGCUGAGGAAUGCCGAAUGGCUGAGAAACACCUAAAGAAAUGUUCAACAUCUUUAGUCAUAAGGGAAAUGCAAAUCAAAACAACCCUGAGAUUUCACCUCACACCAGUGAGAAUGGCUAAGAUCAAAAACUCAGGGGACAGCAGAUGCUGUGGAGGAUGUGGAGAAAGAGGAACACUCCUCCAUUGUUGGUGGGAUUGCAGACUGGUACAACCAUUCUGGAAAUCAGUCUGGAGGUUCCUCAGAAAAUUGGACAUUGAACUGCCUGAGGAUCCAGCCAUACCUCUCUUGGGCAUAUACCCAAAAGAUGCCUCAACAUAUAAAAGAGACACGUGCUCCACUAUGUUCAUCGCAGCCUUAUUUUUAAUAGCCAGAAACUGGAAAGAACCCAGAUGCCCUUCAACAGAGGAAUGGAUACAGAAAAUGUGGUACAUCUACACAAUGGAAUAUUACUCAGCUAUCAAAAACAACGAGUUUAUGAAAUUCGUAGGCAAAUGGUUGGAACUGGAAAAUAUCAUCCUGAGUGAGCUAACCCACUCACAGAAAGACAUACAUGGUAUGCACUCAUUGAUAAGUGGCUAUUAGCCCAAAUGCUUGAAUUACCCUAGAUCCCUAGAACAAAGGAAACUCAAGACGGAUGAUCAAAAUGUGAAUGCUUCACUCCUUCUUUAAAUGAGGAAAAAGAAUACCCUUGGCAGGGAAGGGAGAGGCAAAGAUUAAAACAGAGACUGAAGGAACACCCAUUCAGAGCCUGCCCCACAGGUGGCCCAUACAUAUACAGCCACCCAAUUAGACAAGAUGGAUGAAGCAAAGAAGUGCAGACCGACAGGAGCCGGAUGUAGAUCGCUCCUGAGAGACACAGCCAGAAUACAGCAAAUACAGAGGCGAAUGCCAGCAGCAAACCACUGAACUGAGAAUAGGUCCCCCGUUGAAGGAAUCAGAGAAAGAACUGGAAGAGCUUGAAGGUGCUCGAGACCCCAAAAGUACAACAAUGUCAAGCAACCAGAGCUUCCAGGGACUAAGCCACUACCUAAAGACUAUACAUGGACUGACCCUGGACUCUGUCCCCAUAGGUAGCAAUGAAUAUCCUAGUAAGAGCACCAGUGGAAGGGGAAGCCCUGGGUCCUGCUAAGACUGAACCCCCAGUGAACUAGACUAUGUGGGGAGGGUGGCAAUGGGGGGAGGUUUGGGAGGGGAACACCCACAAGGAAGGGGAGGGGGGAGGGUGAUGUCUGUCCGGAAACCGGGAAAGGGAAUAACACUUGAAAUGUAUAUAAGAAAUACUCAAGAUAAUAAAAAAAAAAGAAUUAAUAUCUUACUACUAGUUUAUUUCUGUCGAGGAGCUUAGAUGUUAUAAUAUUUUGAGAUGAAAUAUAUCUUUUACAGAUGUGUAAACAGGGUGUCAGUCAAAUUAAAGCUUAAAUAUGUUCUCAGUGAAAGAAGUUGUUUAAAAUGCCCCACUCUUCCUUGUCUCAGGUGAAGAGUGACAGUCCUGAAGCAAUUAAGUGAUGUCUCUGAUUGGCUGAGCUUCUGCCAGGUUAGAGUUCCAAUUAGGACACUGUUCUGCAUUGGCAAGUAUCAGUCAAAGUUUCCACUCUAAAGGGUCUCCAACCACAAACUAUGUUCCCUAAGAGAAAGUAUAGUCUUUUUAUAAAAGAUCAGAGACCUUCAGAAUAGAAAAAAGUCAGUAUUUUCAAUAUUUCUCCCUGAAAGUCUGGUAUGAGAAUCUAAGCUGAGUUACUAAAGAGCUAUGCCCACAUUUAGUGGUAGAAGUGGAGCCAGGAGACCCUGAAAUAAUAUACAAAAUGCAUCUGUUUCCAUCAGAAAUUUAAGCUUAUUUUUCAAUUUCUGUUCAUAAGUAUGUGGGAAUUUUGUUGGGCACUGCAGAUUGCUUCUGGAAGGAUGUUCAUUUUCAUAAUAUCACUCCUACCAAUAUAUAAACACAAAAAGGCUUUCCAUCAUUUUGUAUUUUUUCUUCAAUUUUUCUGAGGCACUAUUUGCAAUUUAUAAUUUAUAGUUACUUGUAGAAAUAGUUUUUUUCAUUUUUUGUUGGAAAUUUUCUUUAUCUAUUUCAAAUAUUAUCUCCCUUCCAGGUUUUCCCUAUGGAAACCCCUAUCCUAUCUCCCAGCCCCUGCCUCCAUGAGGAUGUUCCCCUACCCACCCACCUACUCCUUCCUACUUCCCUGCCCUGGCAUUCUUCUACACUCAGGCAUUGAGCCUUCACAGGACCAAGGGCCUCUCCUCCCAUUGAUGCCCAACAAGACCAUCCUCUGCUACAUAUACAGAUGGAGCCAUAGGUCAUGUGUACUCUUUGGUUGAUGAUUUUGUCCUUGGGAGCUCUAGAGGAUCUGUUAGCUCGGAAUACCCAAGAUACAAUCCACAGACCUCAUGAAGCUCAAGAAGAAGGAAGACCAAAGUAUGGAUGCUUCAGUCCAUCUUAGAAGGGGAAAUAAAAUACUCACAGGAGGAAAUAUGGAGACAAAUUGUAGAAUAAAGACAGAGGAAAGGCCAUCUAGACACUGGCACACAUGGGGAUCCAUCCCACCUAUAGUCAUCCAACCCAGUCACUAUUGGGGAUGCCAAAAAGUACAUGUGGAUAGGAGCCUAAUAUAGCUGUCUCCUGAGAGGCUCGGCCAGAGUCUGACAAAUACAGAGGCGGAUGCUAACAGCCAACCAUUGAACUGACAAUGGGGUCCCUAAUGGACUAGUUAGAGAAAGGACUGAGGUAGCUGAAUGGAUUUGCAAUCCCAUAGGAAGAACAACAACAUCAAGCAAUGAUACUGUUUUUCUAAGGAUGUGGUCUCUGGCAGAUUGAGCAUGCUUUAGUGAUGAAUCCCCACCUAACCGUAUAUAGGUAUCACAAGUAGAGUCAACUGUUUAAAGAAAAAAGGCACAUAAGUGGGUGGAGUAACUGAAGGAGGGAGAUGGAAUAUGAUCAAAAUAUUUUGCAUGAAAUUCUUAAAAAAUUACCUUAGAAGAGAAUUAUGGGCUAGUUAAUUAGACUAAUUAUUGCUAUCCUUGCUGGUGCUCUAUGAGGCAUUGCUGAUUAGCAUAGAUCAUGGUACCAAGGGAGAAUGGAUCCUGGUCUGGCUUUAGCACUGAGGUGGAAACAAUUUACUGAGGUGUGGGAGUGGUUUCUUACAUGUGUGCAUCAUUAGGCUUCUAGUGUGAUAGAUAAAAUGAAGAACUAUAUGACUGGGCAAAGUAGUCUCCACGUUAUCAUAACUUUAAGACUGAGAGGCAUUGCCAGUAUAGGAGGAUUGGAUGUGAGGCACCCAUAGACUUGAUUUCAGGAGAGCAUAGGAAGAGGCGUGUUGGGUUAGUUUAUGGCUUCAUGGAAUUAUACCUCCAACUUAAUUGAGUUGUAUAUAAGAAUGAUGUAUAGGUUUUUAUUGAAUUAUAACUCAAUAAAUUUUCAAACAAAUAAACUAGGAAGAAAAUAUGUAUCAGCCCCAGUACCCCCAAAACAUCUAAAAGUGUCUGCUCUACCUGUUCUAAGAAACAUGUUGCAGACAAAAUCCUUUGGUCAACUAUGUUCACUUAUGCACUUGCUAACUUAGAGUGGGUAAGCACCCAUUGUUCAAAUACCUCAGUAGUGUGGAUCUAAUUUCUUCAGUCUUCAGGAUCAGCAUUUCUCUUGGAUGUUAUUCUUCAGCUAACUCAUUGGAGGGGUAUCUUUGUGCAUGAAGGCUGGCUGCUUUGAGGUUAGGCAUUGAGAUAUGAACUGGUGUGGCCCUCUAAAGUCAGUAUAUCAGUAUUGAGAAGCUGAGUCGAAGGCUGCUGUUAGUGCCAGGCAUGUGUGAUAAGAGUCAGAGUGUUAUAUUGCUACUGGGCUGUCCUUUUGGAGAUGACUAUGCAAACAUAAUCAAAGUCAUGGGAAAACCCUGAGAAUGAGAAUACAUAGGUAUAUACACUCAUACAUAUAUAAAUAACACAACACAAACACAACACACACACACACACACACACACACACUAUACAGUACUGAUUUCCCGAUUGCAUUUUUUCCCUAUCAGAUUUUUUGUGGUACUUUCUUUCUAACACACAUUUUGCAGAUUGCCCAGUUACAAAACUUGUGUGUGGUUGAGAGUGGGGCACUGGGCUUCACUGUAAAGAUCUGAAGAUGGACAGGACAGAAGUCCUUAGUAGUGUCCUCAUUGAUGCUCUCUGAAACUUACACUAUCAUUGAAGUAACUUUGGCUUUUGUGGGGGAAGACUCAAGGAGCAUGACAUCAAUCUUAUUUUUUUAACCAAUGGAUUUUGUUGCUGAUUUGAUUGGCUCAUUGUAUCAUAUGACCCUAUGCCAUUUGUGCAUUAUUACUUAGCUAUGUGCUUCUAAUUUGUAUUAGACUGAACUGUUUGAAUGGAAGUAUUAGAACAAUUCUGGACCUGAUUUCUAAGUCACAUUUCCCAUUACUGACCACAGUAUGACUCACUGUGAUAGCUUACCUUGCAGGUCUCUCCCUUCUUUCCUAUCCUCUGUAAUCUUUGCAGGUUCAGUUGGGCAUAACAAAUAGGUUUCCUGCAGGCUUCUUUAGAUAUUACCUUGUUGUGUUUUUCUGAAGCUGAGGCACCCAAAGCAUAUGUUUGCAGAUUAGACAUGAAUUUGAGCAAAUAUAAAUUUCAAAGUGACACUGUUUAGCGUGUAUGCAGUCAUUAAUCAAACCCUGCACUAAAUAAAAAUGGCAAUAAAACAUGAAUGCGUAGACCCAAAGUGCUGAGCAAAACAAAAUGUGAAAGGAAGAACCCUGCUUGAAGAUUCAAACUCCAUAGAAACACACCGUAUACUUAUGGGAGAUGGAAUAAAGAUCUAGGAUAAGCAUUCUCCAAUGCCACGAAGACCUGUCCAGUUCAGGUUUUUGCUAGGAUUGUGAGUCAAAACUUGUAUCAACAGUCUUCCGAACACUGAGCCAUAGUCCUACCUUUUCCUUUUCUCAUUUUUGUUUCCUUACAGUUGUGACCAAAAAAAGCAGUUAACACAGAGGAGGAAUCUGAAGGACUUUGUUUGUAGAAGUUUAAAACUAGAAACACAUUUCUGUCUCCUAACAUGGUCUGUGUAAGAAAGUAGUGCCAUUACCAAGUUUAAGAAGCAGUAGCAACACCUUUAAUUUCUUUUGAAAAAGGAGAAAACAGAUAAGAUUGUAUAGUAUCAUAGAAAGAAUAUGUGCUUAGAAAGAAUAUGUACUUUGGAGUUGGUCAGACAGUCUCUAAUCUGAAACUCAUCUUUUAUGGUUCAUGAAAUUUUAGGCAAUCUUUUCUUUCUUUGGUUAAACUUGUUACCUGCACAAUCGUGAUGACAACCCAUGUUUUGGAGUGUUUGUUAUCAUGAAGGAUUACUCCUAGCAUAAACUUUACCAUCCAUUCAACAGGUCCCAGAUUGACAACAAACCUGUUUUCUGUUCCCUUGCCACAAUUUGGCCCAACUGACAUGACUUCAGCUUGACUUUUCAUGAGGUAGAAAUUGGUCUACUUUAAACAGCCAAUAGAAUCUUCCUAUGCUUUGUGACUGCAGAUACUGGCAUAUAGGAAUCAAUAACUUUCUUCAGUUAGCCAUUAUGUGAUAACAAUUGAUAUAUUUCAUACAUUUUGCAUGGCAAUAUUCACCACAUAUAUAAUGACUAGUUUCACCACAUAAUGAUAGGUAUAUUUUGUCAGGCUUUUUUCAGUACUGGGACUACCACAAUGAAUAUGAAAAUAUAUGAGCUCCCGACUUUAGUGAAACUCAUUAAAGAUUAAAAUGGAAAUUGAAGGAGGAUGUGGAAUCAAUAUUUUUUUCAUUAAUAUGCAUGCUACAAGACAUAUUUGUAGAAUGACUGCUGUGGUUGUUUGACUGAGAAUGACUCUGUGGGCUCCUAUAUUUGAUAUGUUUCAUCAUUAGGGAGUGGCACUACUUGGGAAAGAUUAGGAGGUGUGGUCUUGUUGGAGUCGGUGUGGGCUUUGAGGUUUCAAAAGCCCCAAAUAGGCCCAGUGUGUCUCUCUUCCUGUCACCUGUGGAUCCAAAUGUAGAACUCUCAUCUACUUCUGUACCAUGUCUGCCUGUGUGAAUCCAUGCACCCUCCUACAAUGAAACUAUCAACAAGCCCCAGGUAAAUACUUUUAUAAAAGUUGCUGUGGUAUAUCUUCAUAGCAGUAGACUAGAACACUGAUUAAGGCAACUGGAAAUGUUUAUUUAGUAGGAGAAAUGCAUAAGGCUGGUAAGUAGAACACACAGAUCAGAUUAAUUGAAGGCUAUAGCUUAACCUGAUUUACCCUUAGAGGGUCAUAUGAUGUUUCAGUCUCCUAGGAAAGUUACAAGGUAAAGAAAUACUUUCUUAUGUGCUCUAUGCAUAGUUGGAAGUCAGAGAGUGAAAAAAAUGUUGUUGCCUGAUUUUUUCAAUUAAUACUAGGUAAAAACAUUUGUUAAAGUGACAGGACACAUUCUUCAUUGGAAGGCAUUGAGAAUGAUAUGAAAUAGGAGGUAGAAAGUGGGCAAAAGAUUCUAAUCACAUUUGAAAACAUGAGAGUCAUGUUAAGAGUUCAAUUUGGGUUAAAAUUCAUAAGUAUACAAUGGAAUUGCAGCUAUCCAUCAGUAAUUAUUUUUGCGUCAGUAAUUCAUGUGUUACACUGAAAUUAUAAGAAAAAAAAGCAAUGUGGUUGCAUUGGACAUGAGGCCAUUAGGUCAGGCAGGUAGGACAUAGAGAAAAGGCAAGAAUUGAGUGUAUUUGUGUGGAGUGAUUGUAAUGAUGGAAACUUGUGUUCUAGGUCAGGUAUAAGAGGAUAGUAGAGAAGGAUACAGUCAAGAUACCGUGAUCGGUUAAUCACAUAGAGGAUGAUUAAGAGUGCAGUUACAAGGAAAAUGGGAGAAAACCACAUGGUGGUCAGUGAUUGGAAGGUAAAAAUGGAGAUUUCUUAAUGUACUGUUGUUAAGAAACAGCACACAGUUUGACUUUGUGGGAGGAAGAGAGGUAAUCAAAGCUGACAAGGGCCAGGGCCUGCGAGAUCAGUUGUCAGGAAGGUGAUCACAUGUGAUGUCACCAGCAAAAUGGCUAGACAAUGAGAUAAAACAGAGACCUGGAAUACACACACAAUGGGAAAGAAGCAAAAUUCUUCAAACAAUGAACAGGGCAUUAGAAGUGAUGUGGAGACAAAGGGGAAUUAAACAUAUGUGAACUUCUCAAUUCUAGACAGUUUGUAUUUCUAUGUGCUCACAUAGUAACAACCACUGCCCAAUCAAUAUAACUGGCAGAAAAUACAUGCAUUUUUUUUCUAAAAUGUAUCUAUUACUACCAUAGCUUUGCAUAUCUGUACCCUGCUUUGGAGAGUAGAUUUAGUCACAUGACAAAUUCUUACCAUUUAAACCAUAUUUUCAUUAAAAGUUUAAUACAGAGAUUAUCUUAACACUGUAUGUUUUAGGGUUGUAUUGGUGUGUGAAUUUUGUCUUCUGUUUUCUUACUUAGAGACUCUCUGAGAUACUUUAAAUUUUCUACCAACUUUACUUGCUUGCUUGCUUGCUUGUUUGCUUGAUUGUUUCCUUCCUUCUUUCAUUCCCUCCCUCUCUCCCUCCCUCCCUCCCCUCCUCUCUUCUCCUUCCUUCCUUCCUUCCUUCCUUCCUUCCUUCCUUCCUUCCUUCCUUCUUUUCAGGUAUUGAGUACACUGCAUUGGGUAGGGGCUGAGCAGUAACUAGAGAUCAACUUGAAGCUCAAGUCUGGCCUUUGCUUUCUUUUAUCUUUUUUUUAAAUUGGAAAUAGAUUUUUUCAUAAAAUAUAUAUUGAUCAUGGUUUUCCUUCUCCCAUCUCCUCCAAGACCCUCCCCACCUCUCCAUCCAUCUUACUUCAUAUUUUCUUUCUCUCUUUAGAAAACAAAUAGAUAAAUUUAAAAGAAGCCCAAAGAAUCUAGAAUAAAACAAAAUCAACAGAGUGGGAAAACAAACAGACAAACAAUAGCAACAAAAACACAAAACAAAACCACAAAGAUACAUAUAUACACAUGCACACAUACAAUACUCAGUGAUCUAUGUAUAGGCAGAAGACUCAUAACAACAGAAAGAUCAGAACUUAUAAUGUAUAAACAAAAACAAAAUAAACCAAAUGCCCAGGCAAAGUAUUGUCAGUCAAAACCUCCUCCAAAAGUAUCGAUGAGUUUGAUUUGAGUUUGCUAUCUGCUGCUGGGUAUGGAGCUUCUAGAACCCGGUGUUACUCCUUUGAAGAAAAGCAAUCAUUCCUUCAUGAGACGCUGUCAACUGAAGAUAGCUUCUUGGUUAGGAAUGGAGUUCAUGUCCACUUUGUCUGUGACCACAUCUGGGUUGGACCUGUUCAGGCCCUGUGCAUGCUGCCACAGUCUCUGUGAGCUUGCAGGUACAUCAGUUCUGUUGUGUCUGGACACCACUUUUUUCCUUGAUGUCUCCCAACUCCUCUGGUACUGAUUCCUCUUUUACAAGGUUCUCUGAGCCCAGAGGGGGAAAAGUUGCAUAGAGACAUCCCAUUUAGGACUUAGUAUUCACAGUCUCUCACUGUAAGCACAUUUCCACUUGUGAAUCUCUGUAUUUGUUCCUUUUUAUUGCAGGUAAAUGCUCCUUUGAUGAUGGCUGCCCAAAACACUUAUAUAUGGGUGUAGCUGAAUGUUGUUAUGAGUCAGUAAAUGUUGCUUCACUUCUUUAACAAAACAAUAGUGUUUUGUUUUCCUCGAGGUACAUGACCUGUUUAGUCCUAGUUCUUGACCAUAAAAGCAGUGCCAGGCAUGGAUUCAUCUCAUGGAGUAAGGCCCGAAAUUCAAUCAGAUAAUGAUUGGUCAUGCUUACAGCUUAAGCACCCUUAUUGCAUCUGUGUAUUAUGUAGGCAGGUUAUCAUUGUAGAGUGCAGGGUCUAUAGCUUUGUUGGCAUUACUGUCCUUCUCUGGUAGUGUUAGGUGUGUUUCCUAGUACUAUAAACACUAGUCCGUAGAGGUGGAAGCUCUAGAUAGACACCAACUUGAUUCUUCUAUGUUCAACCAAUUUCAUUUGGCCAAUAGCUCAGUUAGACAUGAUCCACUUCUGGCACUGGAGAUUUCAUUUACUAGUGAGAGACAUCUAGCUAGGGGGGUUAUACAUACAUAUACCAUAUAUAUAUAUAUAUAUUAUAUGUAUAGUAUAUAUAUGCUAUAGUAGAGCUUCUUAAUUAGCUGUUUUCUAUCUCUUUGUUUACAUUAUUUGCUUAUUUUGGUACUAAUGGCAACAUUAUUGUUAUACAUUUCCUUAUCAUUCAUAUUUUGUGUUCCAGUGAUUCCUCUUAUUUCUUGACAUUGUUCAUGUAAUUCCUGAUUGAAUCAUAAAAAUACACACAUAUUUUUUUUCUAGGUUCUGACAUUUAUUGCUAAAUUUUCAGCGCCCUUGAACUAUAACAAAGUGCCCUCCCUGCCCACAGGGUGUAGCCCCAGCUUUGAUAACCGGGUGUAGGGUCCAGGCCACUCUGAAAAGCAGGACCUCACGCCCACAAAAUAUUCAUAGGCCAAGACUCUCACAAAGUCGGAAAGCCUGGCGCCCAGAGUCCUGUCCAGCGCACCGUCAGCCCUCGGUGACAACAGCUCUGAGGUGAGAGGGCUGUCUCCUCAGGUCUUCCUGGUUGGAUGGCUGAGGUUGGAGGCAGCCAUGACAGUCACCUGCACUGAACAGACAGUCCUCGAAGUCGAAAUGAGAUGGGUCUUAGGCUUCUUGCUGGGGCAGGACGGUGUUGAAGGACUGUGGCCUUGCUCUCUGACUGAUGCCAUGUCCUUCUCUGGCUGACGGUGCGUCAGCGUUUAUGGAGAGGUGUGCUAGGCUCUGGUGUGGGUGAGGCCUUGGUGGGACUCCCAGGGCCUCCACUUGAGCUACAAGGGCUGGUAGUUGUGUACAACAAUGCCAAGCAACCAGAGCUUCCAGAGACUAAGCCACUACCUAAAGACUAUACAUGGACUGACCCUGGACUCUGACCUCAUAGGUAGCAAUGAAUAUCCUAGUAAGAGCACCAGUGGAAGGGGAAGCCCUGGGUCCUGCUAAGACUGAACUCCCAGUGAACUAGACUGUUGGGGGGAGGGGGACAAUGGGGGGAGGGUGGGGAGGGGAACACCGAUAAGAAAGGGGAGGGGGGAGGGGGAUGUUUGCCCGGAAACUGGGAAAGGGAAUAACACUCGAAAUGUAUAUAAGAAAUACUCAAGUUAAUAAUAAUAAAAAAAAAUACACACAUAUGUGGUUUGCAUCUUAUGUGAAAGAGUGGUCUUUUUAAUAUCUGUAUAUUUUAAAAUAUGUAACUCUUUCAGCCAUUUUUUGGUUCUAGGCCAAUUAUGUUAAUUUGAGUAUAUUAAGCAAAGUACAUAUUUCCAGUCCCUGCACAUAUAUUAUCCAAUUUGAUCAAGCUUCAAUAUAUAAAAGCUUUUUGCAAAAUGUAGUGUCAAAAUGUUACAGUCUUUGGUCAGAAUCUUGGCAGAUUAAGUCAAUUAUAAAGGUCAAAAUGAUGGUCUUUUAUUUUACAGGAAGUGUAAAUGUACAGAAUCUAUUAUCUAAUUAAAUGCAAGUCUGUAAUUCAGUGUUAGGAUAGACACUGCAAAUUCAUAGAUGUCAGGAAGUGGAGAAAGUUAUUUUAUGAUCUGUGAUUAGAGACAAAAUCGUAUGUCCUUAUCAUUGCUGUCUUAAUUUAUUUCUAUUUGCUGUGCUCCAAAGCGUUUACAUUCCACACAGAUAUAAACAGUAUUUCAUCAGCUGUCUGCAUCAUUGACUACUUGAAUAACUCCUGAAUUAAGGUUGAUGGUUUAACCAUAAUGAAGGUUUUUAAAGAGGGUAUAUUUGCUGUCCCUUUAACAUUACUUUCUCACUUUGCUCAUUUUAAUAUGAUAGUACUGUUAGGUGAUAAUAUUUUUUCCAUAGAAAAGGAAGAUACACCAAAUGGGAAAAAAUAGGAAUAGGGAAUAGCAGGGUAAGGGCACAUUUUAAAAUCAGGAGUGGGGAAAGUCCUCUCUUUGAAUAUUGUGCUGAUCAAAUAUAAGGAUGAUGUUUAUGGAGGGAAAGACUAACCAAGGAGAAGCAAUCUGCAAAGAAGUUUCUAAGAUCAAUGUGUCUAGAGAGACAGGCUAAGCAUCAAAGGGACAGGGCUAGGGACUUCAGAUGUCAGAUGGUGGAUGAGAUUAUAAGGCAUCAUAGUGACUUUAACUUUUCCUGUGACUGAUGUAAAAAAUUAGUGAACCGAGGGAUAAUAUGACUGGCCUGGUGUUUAUGCACAAUGACCUUUCAACCUGUAUUGAGAAUGGAACAGAGAGGAAAACAGUUGAGGGUAAGGAAGGCAGAAGUCAGAGUAUACUGGUAUGACCACCUAGGAGAUUAUAAUGUUUUGAUGGUACAUGUGCACACGCACACACACACACACACACACACACACACACACACACACUCACACUAAACAAACAAACAAAUGUAGAAAAGAAAAAGAAGGAAGGAGGGGGAACUUAUAGUCGCUUUGAACCAUGUCACAUUUCUCAUGUGACCUUCAAUGUGCAGAAUUCUCUUGCCAAAAAUAGCAUCAACUUUUUGUGUGAAAAAGUUGAUUGGUCCAGAAAAAAAAUAGCAAAGACAGCCAACAGGAGUAAUCUAUUAUAAAAAUAUACUUUGAUAUGUGGUAGUAGAAAAAGAUAAAAGUGUCAACAUCUAUUUAUGUACCUAUGUAUUUAUUUUAAUCUAAGAAAACAUAUUUUCUGCAAAUGAGAUAAGUACUGUGUUCACUGAAUAGACACCAUGCUUCUAUAUUUCCCUUCUCAUUAGAAAAAUCCCCAAAUGGGGACAUAGUUAAGUUUCUAGAGUGCUUGGCUAGUAUAUACAAGGAUCUAGUUUUGGUGACUAGCACCACAUGAAACCAGAAUGAUGAAUGAAAUCUCAUAUUCAUCUGCAUGAUGAGUUCGAGACCAGCUUGAACUAUAGUCAGAGAUUGAUUAAAAAGAAAAAAAGGAAGCAUUGUAAAUAGUUGGGUAAAACAAGUAUCCUACACAAUACUCUGGAGGAAAACAACUCCUUGUCAGAGUAAGAAAAGGAACACAGGUUUGAAGGUGAAUAGGACUUAAAUCUCUUCCUCUAUAUAGCAGAUGCAAAAUACACAAAAUGUUAAUGCUAUUUUUGGCAAGAAAAUCUAUUGGCACAUUGAGGGUAAGGGGAGAAAUAUGACAAAAUUCAAGAUGACAAUGAUAUGUCCCUCCCCUCUCUCUUCUUCCUUCCUACAUCUGUCUAUCUGUUUGUUUAUUUUAGUAUGUGUAUGCAUGUGUGCAUACAUGUGCAUAUAUGUGUGUCCCACUUGAACAUAUAUAGAGUUUAGGGACAACUUGAAGGAGUCAGGUCUUUUUUCCAUGACGUAGGUUUUAGGGAUCCAAGUCAGUGUGACAGACUUUGUUCCAAGAACCACUACCCCAGGUCUUGCUUUGCAAUAAAGGUUGGCCUCUAAUUUAUAGUGUGGUUGUAUCAGUCUUUUGAGUACUUGGAUUACAGGUACAUGGGAAACACACAUGGCUUUCUGAUUUCUGAUUUCACUGGAGCUAAAUGGGAUUCACAUGUGUUAAUUGAGAACAAAGGGUUAUACUAUCUUAUGUGUAGCCUGUUGGAAUUAAAGACUAAACAUAGAAAUAUCAAAAUUUGAAGAUAUUGGGUAAAAGUCUAGGAUAUAGGACAUACUUUAACUUGAUAAAAUUGUCACUGUAGAAGCACAUGAUAAUGUGUAUAGCAAACAAGA